GGUGCACUUUGUAGCUCUUAACCCACCAAGCAGAAUUCAAAGAGUGAAACAAAUUUUAGCUUCUCAAACACCACCAAAAUUUAGUCCAAAAAAACCCUAAUUCCUCACAAUGCCUACUUCUGCAUCACAGCCCUCACAAGCACCCAAAUCAAAGUCAAAUCUAAUUAGAAUCAUUGCCAUAGUCUUGCUAGCUUUGAUUGUCCUCUUGGGUCUUGUGGUGCUUAUCACCUGGCUCGUUGUGAAGCCAAAACGCCUUGUUUACACCAUCGAAAAUGGUUCGAUCCAAAACUUCAACCUAACGAAUGACCACCUCUCAGCCAAUUUUGAUUUUGUAAUAAGAUCCUAUAAUCCCAACAAAAGAGUCUCCAUAUACUAUGACUCUAUUGGAGCUACUGUGAAUUACAAUGACCAGACUCUGGCAUUUUCCGGGGUUGAUCCCUUCUAUCAGCGCCAUCGAAAUGUGACGCGCUUUGAUGUCAAGUUCACAGCUCGCUCCGCUGCACUUUCCAGCCCCGUCUCUAAGGAUCUAAUGCUUGAGAAAAGAUCAGGGAAGAUUCAGUUUGACGUUUGGCUCAAGGCAAGGAUUAGAUUUAAGGUUGGAGCUUGGAAGUCACGCCACCGCACUCUAAGGGUUUCAUGCUCCCCGGUGUUGGAGUUCUCAAGGCCUAAGAGUUUGAGGAGGACUUACUGUUAUACUGAACUUUGAUCAAGCCUGAGGCAUGCAUGCAAUUUCACUGACUGAAAUUUUCUCCAUUGUUUGGGAUUUGAUUUUUAUUCAAUUUGUUGCCAUGGUAUUUUAGUCACUGUUUUCUUCAUGUAUUUCUGAACUAUAUAUGUGUGUGGCCGUUGUUGUGUAUUGCUUUGUGUUGAAGUUGUCAGUUUUCUUUUAAGAUAUUUUGUUUGUGAUAUUUAUUCAAUUUAUUUAUUGUAAAUUUGUAACCAAUCCACACGGAUUGACCAGACUGCUUCAGGGUGAUGAUAAUUUGCCAUUGAGUUCUUUAUC